AUGUCAACGAACCGCUACUCGUCUCUGAACCGGCGCACCGCCCCAGCAUCUUCCACCCUCUUCCAAGACUACCCCGGCUCGCGCCCAUCCUCCUCAUCUUCCGGGCAGAGACCCAGCAGCUAUGCCUAUCCCACAUCACAACCCGCAAGUUCCUCGUCUCCCUACCUGACACCCUACUCCUCCACAAACGGCCACAGCACGCCUCAACGGCCCUCGUCGGGGUUCCGUCCCGCGACGCCCAACUCCAAGGGUCAAUAUUCUGCCGCUGUCCUUGAGGAACUCGAGUCUCAAAAUGAAAUCACACAGACCACCCUCCUGAGUCAAAAAGUCUCCCAGCUCAAGUCACUCACGGUCGCCAUCGGUGAUGAAAUCCGCGACUCCUCCCAGCUCGCGCAGACCAUCAAUGAUUCAUUUGAGAACACGGGCGUGAGGCUCCGGGGCACGAUGAGGAGGAUGUUACGCAUGGCCGAGCGGACAGGGGUGGGCUGGAGAGUGUGGCUGAUAUUUUUCAUCGCCGUCUGGGCUUUGUUUGCCUACGUGUGGCUGUUCUGA